AUGGACUCUCGGGAUCUAACCAGCUCCCCAAGCCAUCAAAUACCGACAUUUCCUGACCUGGAGGCCCCACUUGAUGCUCACGACUCAGAGAAUUGGAUAUCUUCUGAGAUUUCCAAUGACUGGAGCUCAUUGAAUGAUUUUUACUUCUGCUCUUCGGAGCCAGCCAGCUCACAGUGGCCAUCAUGGGUUGCCCCCGGGCCGAAGCUCCCUGAGAGCCCCAAUGAAGACCAGGCAAAUUUGCAGACAAAUGAUGACCCCAUAUACUCCUUUACGGGUGCGAAUGGAGAAAGUAAUGUCCCAGAUUUAUUUCAUCCAGAGCCACAAAGUCCAAUUCACCAUAUUCAAUGGCUUGAUGGUGCUUUUCGUCCACCGGUUCCGUGUGGUCAUUGCCGCAGGCACCGACUACAAUGCUUAAUUAUUCGUACUACAGCGGCGAACCCCAACCCCGUUUCAUCUUGUUCUAGCUGUGUGGCUCUUUUUCGAGAAUGUAGUCUUGCAAAAGGAGAAAAGCGUCUGCCUUCUGGGUUUGAGACAUUCUCCCCUGUACUAGGCCACUUGCAUGGCCUCCCGGAACAUAUCAAUAACCCGGAGGAUCAAAUAGUUCCCAGCGUCGAGAGCAUGGAAGAGAGAAAAGAGUCCAAACAAUUUGUACGAAAAGGGGCCCGGGUUCUACGCGAAUGGUUCUAUCAAAACCAAGAGCUUCCAUAUCCCAGUGAAGACCAGAAAAUAAAAUUUUCAAGAGAAACCGGGUUCUCACAAAAGCGUAUCUCCACAUGGUUUGCAAACGCUCGCCGUCGACAAAAACAACAUAUGCAAAUGUCAAAUGCAGCAUUAAAUCGGCGUACUCGCGCCGGAUCUCCGCUGAUCACCAGCACCCUGGGCCCGCUAACUCCCAUGGAACGUUGGAAGGCCUCGCCGCCAGAAGAUGAACCCGUCGCCGAAUCAGUGAUUCAAGACGCCAUCGCACUCGAUGUGACAGACCCUAUAACCGAACCCUUUGAAUUUGACACAUCCACCAUGGAAUUAUUUAAUUUCGACGCUUCGUCAUCCCACUUGCCCUCUUCAGGCUCUAGCUUUGGAAGCCGUGCAUCGGAGUCCUCGGAGAGUGUCUCCUCGGCGUGGAGUCAUAAUUCUGGAGAAGGAAGCUUACCGUUCCCACUGCCGAGCCAAAGUUCAUGGUCACGAUCUCGACCAAGAGAUCCUGGGUCGGAUGAUCGCAUGUUCCAGUGUACCUUCUGUACUCGAUCUUUCAGAAAAAGACAUGAUUGGGCUCGACAUGAGAAGAGCGUCCACCUUUCACUUGACAGCUGGAUAUGCACUCCUGACCUGGAAUGCCUAAAACAAGAUUAUUCUACUUUGGCGACUGAGUGUAAGUUCUGCGAUACUGCACUCCCCACUGCACCUCACUGGGAAGAGCAUGAAUUUCAUGUUUGUGCCGAGAGGCCUGUCGCAGAUAGGUCGUUCAGCCGAAAGGAUUAUUUGUGGCAGCAUCUCCGGAAGUUUCAUGGUUGUACAAAGAUUCCAGUCCAGGACCUUCAAUCUUGGCGCGGGCUUGGUGCCAGGGUUGAAAGCCGAUGUGGGUUCUGUGACCAACUAUUACCAACUUGGAAUGCCCGAACAGAUCAUCUGGCUGGCCACUUCAAAGACGGAAUGCGAAUGGAUCAAUGGGUCGGGGACUGGGGACUGGGUCUAUCCGCAAUGGCAGGUCUUCGGAACGCUAUUUUGCCUAAUCAACGCCGCAUGAACUUUUGA